AACAGGGGCCUGAUGUAGAUGAGGAACAGGAUGGGAGAGACUGGGCUGCCCUGGGGGAUGCCUGCUGAGAUGCUGGAGAAGGGCUCAGUCUGGCCAUCAAAGGAGAGCCUGAGUUGUCUGUGGGUGAGGAAGGAGUGGAUCCAGGAGAUGAGACUGCAGGGCAGUCUGAGCUGCUGCAGGAUGGCCAAAAGCCGGUUCUGGGCCACAUGGUCAAAGGCUCCUUUGAUGUCCAGGAAAAAGGUGGAUUGGUGUCAAUGUGUCUGCUGUUUGAUUGAUUGGUCUAAUGUCCUAUCUGAACCUAAGACUAUGGAAGACGAUGUGUCUGCUAUUCUAGUUCGCAAUUUCAUUGACGUCAUCCAAUCACGAAAAGAACCCGUCUAGCGCCACACCUCAUAUCCGUUACUCCUACAUGAUCCACGUUUUCGAUGCUUCCAACUUCGUGUUUGUGUCUGCAGAAGUACGGUGCAUUGCCUAAAGACUAUACGCCUAGAACAAGGGCCGAAGAUUGUAUACUGGAAGUCUCAGA